GAGAGAAAGAGCGAGAAAGUGAAUGAGGGAGAAAGAGAGAUUACACGGAACAGAAUCUGAUUUGAGGGCGACAUGUUGGUGUCGGCCCUGAUCCUGUGUCUGAUAACCUCCUCCACAGGAGCGGCCCCUCAGCGAGUGGAGGUGAUGGACCGGGUCACGGCCAUUGCUGGACAAGACGUGACGUUGCCGUGCACUUUGCGAGAGGUGGGAGCCUCGUCCUCGGUCACACAGGUCACGUGGGUCAAAGACCCCGAGGGGCAGGGCCUGAACCUGGCCGUGUUCAGCCCCUCCCUGGGCACCAGUCACCCCCUGGGUGGGGCUGAGGGUGGGGGAGGGCACGGACGGUGGGGGCUGCGCUCCCCCUCCCCCAGCUCCGUGCCUCUCACCAUCAACUCCGUGCGGCUCGAGGACGAGGGGAAAUACAGCUGCGAAUACAGUCUGUUCCCCCAGGGCAAGAACGGAGGCCAAACCAGCCUCACCGUGUGGGUCGAGCCGCUGGUCUCGGUGUCCCGGCUCCCGGUUUGGGCCGGAGAUUCCCGGCGUCCGGUGGCUGAAUGUUCGGCCUCGAACGGCAAACCCGGAGCUGAGAUCACGUGGGUCUCGGAUUUUCCGGGAAACAAAUCAACGCGAGAAACACGGAACCCGAAUGGGACUCAGUCUCUGACCAGUCGCUACUUCCUGGUUCCCACUCACAACCAACACAACCGUCUGAUCACCUGCUCCGUCACCCAUCCGACUCACCGUCCCGUCACCAUUCCCGUCAGACUGACCGUAUCCUAUUCUCCGAUUGUUUCAAUCAAGAAAUUGGAGGGAAAUUCGAGUGUAGUUUUGCACUGUUUGGCCGAUGGAAACCCAACUCCGUCCGUCUUCACCUGGAGUGUGUUGGGGGGAGAUUUACCCAAAUCCGUCCGAGUGGAUUCUGAUCGCGUGUUUCUGAACGCGGUCGAUAUCUCCGUAAACAGCACCUUCAGGUGUGAGGCCACAAACACAGUCGGACGAGGACAAGCGGACAUUCAGGUCCCGAUGGUUGUCUGUCCGAAGGAGAAUUCUGUGGGAGGUGGAUUAACCCCUCAUUACCUGUUGUUUAUACUGUUACCGGUUGCGGUUGUGCUUCUAAUUGUCCUGGUGACCGUCACAGUGCACAGGAACAAGAAAACUUCUGCCAUCGAUGUCCCCCCAGUCCUGGAGUCAGAAUACACGAUUUCGGGGCGAGUGAGAUUUCAGGCAACGAGUGUUUUUGAGAACGAGACGGAAGCAUUUUAAUCCCCAAAUUACCUUCGAAAUGUCUGUGUCCAUGUCAGUCCCUGUAUCCCUCGCCCCCCACCCCACAGCCCCUGUAGCUCAGGGGUUAGACC